AGGAGCUUCUUUCUGCUGUGCCAGUUCCGAGGCGCGCGCGCACCGAGCCGUCGAGCUAUUUGUACUUUUACCCGCAUUUGAAAACCGCGUAAUAUCGUAUUUCGACAACGCAACUUUAAUUUAAUGAAAAGCUUCGAUGUGCAAUCUCUUAAAAAAUCCACUUUUGCACAAAACUUAUAGCUGUGUUUGUCGUACAGUCCUGCGAGGACAUUCAAACGGAAGGCGCGAGCCGGCGGUUUGACGUGUGUCAACAACGCGAGACAAGAGUUGCGCGGUGUGAUUUUGAUUUUUUCUAAUUUUACAUAUUUGCAAAAUAAUUCGAUUUGGCCCUAAACGCGUUUAAUAACGAUAUAAUUGCAUUUGCAUUUUGUUAGUGAAAGUAGUAGUGAAAGGUAGUGAAAAUCAAGCAUGGCGCAAUUUCUCGAAGAUCCGUCGCAGCUCACUAAAGAGAAGCUGAAGAGUGAGUUGUUGGCCAAUAAUGUUUCUCUGCCCAGCGCUGACAGCAAGAAAGAUGUGUAUGUUCAGCUGUAUCUCAAGAACCUGACCGUUCUCAACAAGAAGAACCUUCCUCCUCCUUCAGACACUUUCUCCAGUGAUGAAGAGGUCAUAACACCCGUGCUGUCCAACAGAAGCCGAUCGGGGAAGAAAGCCACAAGAAAGACGGACAAAGUUCGUGCUGAGGAGAAUGACAUUUCUGGUCUGACUGAUGAAGAGCUGAAGGAUAAGCUUUUGAAAUACGGGCUGCUCUCUGGUCCGAUUGUUGCAUCCACACGUAGUGUGUACGAGAAAAAGCUUCAGCAGUUUCUUGAUCAGCCUCCGAAAGAGACCACGCUGCCCGAACCUGAGACCACCAUCCCAGAGGCCGUCACCAUCAAGCCAGACGGAAAUCAAAAUGGAAACACGUAUUCGGCAGAAGAUCAGUACAGUGACAAAGAAGAUGAAGUUCCCAUUCCUGAGCCGGUUCCCAUUGCGAGUAAGCCAGUCCGGAGCAGAGGAAAGACACCGGUCACCACCAGAACCAGCAGCAGACAGCGUACCAAAGUGCAGGUGGAGGAGAAAACAUCUGUGGAUGGCGGAGAUGUUUUAAAAGAAAUUUUCCCCAAUGAACCUGCCACGCCCACUGGAAUAAUGGCCACAUGUCGCAGGCCGAUCCACGGUGCUGCUGGACGUCCAGUGUUGCCUCUGAACCUCAGGUCCGAAGAGAUCAUCCAGCAGCAGAAGGUUUACACAACCACCAAAUCCUUCGUCACGGAUGUACGCAGCGCUCCACCGGCGGCUCCUCGCCCCCGACCACGCAGCUGGUUUUCUAUUUUGUUUAAGCUUCUGCUGUUCAUUCUUCUGGUUGCAUCGGUGUGCUACGCUUACCAGAACGUCACCGCCGAACAGAUCAGCGCCUGUCAGCUCUUUGUGCAGGACAAUGUGAUUACGCCUGUCGUCAAUUAUAUCAGCUGGGAAAGUCGCGGCGAAGGCGGUGACGGAAAAUAAACUUCCUCACUCCUCGACCUGCGCUUCAUCUUUCAGACUGAUUUUCUAGCUCAUCUGCAAGUUUUGGGAAGUUGGGUGGGGGAUUCUGAUUAUUGCAGUACGACCUAGCGGUAACGUCUGAAUAGAUCUGUGUUUUUAAUAGUCUUUGUGUGCAUUGUGUUUUGAUAUUCCUUUGCGAUUUUACUGUUUUGUAGCAUUCAAUGACGUAGUGUGACGUAGUGUUUGUUCACAAAUGCUUAUUGUGAAUCAUUAGCCACAAGUGUAUGGUGCGUCUCAAUUCAGAAUCACAAAACGAGUUCAGGACGUGUUUUUUUUUAAAGCUUUCAGUGAGUGCCAAGACAUCAUGGCCAGUGCAAGCACGAUUUGAGGCUGGAAAUGAAUUUAUAAAAAUUUCUGAAUAAUCAUGGCGUAGUUGAUUUUAGAGCUGAAUUGAAUAUUAUGAGAUGAGACUGGGAUUAAAGAUUUUGCUACAGCAUAGCAGAUAAACUAGUGAACAAAUGGUUGGGUUUUAUGUGAACGAAUUGUGGCAUUUAAAAAAACUCAAACUACUUUUUCACCAGUUUAGAUGAUGUUAAGUUUUAGUACUAGGCAUGUAGUCAUUGUCUUUUAUACAGAACUUGAAAGAAGCCAUGUCUCAUGUAGUAAAUAAUGCUUCAGCUUUUUGAUGAGAGUCAGCCUAAAAUCACAACGAAUCGGUUUAAAUGUGUUUGUGAUGUUUUCAUAAUGUGAUGUAAUUAUUGCCGAAUGUCCAAACUCAGAAUGAGAAUUUAAUCCACUGAUUCUUUUCUGUUGACUGUAUUUACACAUCUGUGACUGUUUAAACAUUUUUUCGCUUUGAUAAAGUUGUACUAUAAACAUAUUUACUAGAAUGAACUUCUUUUCAGUCAGAAAUACAUUUGUGAUGGGCAUCUUCAUUUUCCAGUCUGAUUUUAUAUUUUGCUAUUAUAUUUCAUUGUACUUGCAAUAUUUUUCUAAUGUCUUCUGUAAAAUUAACAUUUUUGAUGAGGUUAAAGUGGGUUACUUUUAAAUGUACAGAUACUGAAUUCACAAUUAAAGGGAUAGUUCACCCAAAAAUAAAAAAUCUGUCAUCAUUUACUCACUCCGGUGUUACAAACCUGUAUCAAUUUAUUUGUUCUGAUAAACACUAAGGAAGAUAUUUUGAGGAAUGUUUGUAACCAAACCCUUCGUGAGCCUUAUUCACUUCCAUAGUAUUAUUUUUCCUACUAUGGAAGUGAAUGGGGCUUAUGAUUGGUUUGGUUACAGACAUUCCUCAAAAUAUCUUCCUUCAUGUUUAUCAUAACUAAGAAAUUUAUACCGGUUUAAAACAUCAUGAAAGUAAAUGUCAAAAUGUUCAUUUUUGGGUGAACUAUCCCUUUAAGUCUGUUUUGUCUGCUGUGUCUCAGGCAGUGGAUUUUAUAUUAAUAAAAGUCAAAUUUGCACUCCGUAUGCAGGCAGCUAAAUGUGGGGAAAUUGGUUGUUUUUUUUAUUUAUCUUUAAGUCAAUACAGUACAGAUGUGAAAUAAAAACAUUGAAAUACUGGA